AUGAGGAUUCUAGCCUGGAAUUGUAGGGGGGCGGCCAAGCCGGCCUUCAUGUCCUCCUUUAAACGGCUAGUACAGCUUCACUGUCCUGAGAUUUGUUUUCUCUGCGAGACACGUUUGUCUGGUGAUGGGCUUGGUCGACUAAGGCGACGCCUGGGGAGGGACUGGGAGACCUAUGCAGUCGAGUCCCAGGGGCUGUCUGGUGGCCUUUUGAUCCUGUGGAGGCGGGGGGUGGCGAGGAUUGAUGUCUUCCACAACUGUUCUCAACAGGUAGUAAUGGUUGUAUCGGAACCUGAGGCGGACCCUUGGGUGCUGUGCGGUGUGUAUGCGAGCACGGAUUACAGGGUCAGGAGAACCCUCUGGCAAGAGAUUACCAACCUGCUUGCCCAGGGUAUCCCAACGGUGGCGGUUGGUGAUUUUAAUUGCAUCCAAAGUGCGGAUGAAAAGAGGGGAGGUGCGCCUUUCACUGAUAGGAUUGAUAGGAGGGAGUUUCGCGACUUUGUGCAGCUAAAUGGCUUGGUGGACUUAGGCUUUUCGGGACCACGGUUCACCUGGUGCAACAAUCAACCCGGCGGUGCUAGGGUUUGGGAGCGGCUAGAUAGGGCCUUUGCUUCCCCAGACUGGAUCCUUCGCUUCCCUACCUACCGAGUUAGCCACUUACCCCGGAUUGCAUCAGAUCAUUGCCCCUUGUUGAUUUCGACCUCAUCGGUAUCGGGUCAUCAUAGUCCUUUUCGCUUCGAGAAGAUUUGGCUUUUGUACCCCCAGUCUUGGGACAUCGUUCGCGAUGCGUGGCGUGUUCCGGUGCGGGGGGACGCGAUGCGGCGAGUCUCACGCAAACUCGAGUUGACCAAACGGCGGCUUCGCCAUUGGAAUCACAAGGUAGUGGGCGAUAUUUUCCGGAGAUUGGAAGGGGUGGAGGAGGAGAUUACGGCACUACAGAGGAGAGAAGACCUACGGGGUGCACUCCCGGAGAAUGACAUGACUCAUCUUCGGGAGCUUCUUGUGACGCACCACUCACUGCUACGGCAGCAUGAGAUUUUCUGGCGACAGAAAUCUCGGGUCCAAUGGGUAAACGAGGGUGAUCGCAACACUAGGUUCUUUCAUCGGACGACUGUUAUUCGGCGCCAGCGGAGUAUGAUCCACUCACUGCGUGAUGGGUCCGGUCGCCGAGUGGAGGGUGAGCCUGCCGUUGGACAGGUUCUACUUGACUUUUUCCGCGCCAGAUGGACUGAGGAUGGAGGCCCUGGUGCUGAUGACCACUUUCCGAGGGUUGAUGUAGGUAUUGCAAAUGACGAGAAUACGACCCUGGUUCGGCCGGUGUCGGCGGAGGAGGUGCAGGAGGCAGUCUGGGCUCUGGCAGCGGACAAAGCUCCAGGACCAGAUGGGUUCUUCCCUUUCUUUUUUCGUAGAUAUUGGGGUAUCAUUCGGGGAGCUGUGAUUGAGGCUGUUCAGUGUUUCUUCACUCAGGCAGCCAUGCCUGAGGAUUGGAAGGCCACCUUCAUUACGCUCAUUCCGAAGCGCCAAGAGGCGGUAGAGCCGGGUCACUUUAGGCCCAUCAGUUUGUGCACAACCUUGUACAAGGUUGUGGCGAGGAUUAUGGUGGGCAGGGUAAAGCCCCUACUGCCGAGCAUCAUCAGCCAAGAGCAGGGGGCAUUCAUUGCGGGAAGGAACAUUUCCCACAAUGUUAUGCUGGCUCAGGAGAUGAUGUGGGAUCUCCAGCGAGCAUCGAAGCGGGGCAGUUUGAUGGCAAUCAAGCUGGAUAUGGAGAGGGCUUAUGACAGGAUCAGAUGGAGCUUUCUCCGGAGCGCACUGGAGGCUUAUGGCUUCCACAGGCGAUGGAUUGGAUGGGUCCUAGGGGCGCGGGUUUCUGAGGCACAUGUACUUCGCAGAGUGUUGGCAGAUUACUGUGCGGCAUCCGGACAGAGAAUAAACUUCACAAAGUCAGCCAUCCAGUUCAGCCCUAGCACAGAGAGCAGAGUCAGACAGGAGAUCAGGAGUAUUUUGCAGAUGCCCGAGCAGGAGGGGACUCUGGUUUACCUGGGAGUUCCCAUCACAGGCCGGAGGCUACGAGUGGCGGAGUGCUCGGGGUUGGUGCAGCGGGUCGAGAGUAGGCUGGAGGGAUGGAGGGCAUCAUCUCUAUCCAUGAUGGGGAGGCUGACACUUGUCAGAUCGGUGCUUGGGUCCAUGCCGGUAUAUCUCAUGGCCAACACUGUGGUCUCUAAGACGACUCUGUCGAAGAUUGAACGUCUUCUCUGGAGCUUCCUCUGGGGGUCCCAUGGUGGGGGUCGUGGGGUACAUUUGGUGGCCUGGGAGCGGGUAUGCCGGCCCACCAGUGAGGGUGGUCUGGGAGUUCAGUCCCUUCUGGAGCGGCGUGAGACACUCAUUGCACGGCAUGCAGCUCGCUUUUUGUUGGAGCCACAUGGGCUUUGGAGUCGGGUGAUGGCAGCUAGAUAUGGCCGAGGGAGCCUUGAGGUGGCACGGCGUGGUCGCCGCACCUCUUUCAUGUGGCGUGAGAUUGGGAGGUACCUGCCGACCGUGUUAGCUCAUACCAGGUGGCUGAUGGGCGAUGGCUGGACCAUUGUUGUGACUGAUGAUCCGUGGGUAGAUACCAUUCCCUUGAGAUAUUGGCCGACGACGGUGGAUUUCGAGGCAGCAGUGGGGCUCCGGGUGUGCGACCUCUUAGCACCAGGGAGGGCAGAGUGGGACGUGGACAGACUCCAUCAGUUGUUCGGGGCACAUCUAGCCGAGAGGAUCCUUUCUCUUCCAGUACCAGGAUGCGAGGGCCCAGAUGUCAGGGUUUGGAGCACUUCAUGCAGGGCCAGUGUUAGGCUGGGUGAUCUGGCCCGGGUGAUUCAGCGCGAGCAUGAGAGUGGAUGGGACGGUGCCUGGAUUUGGAGGUCUAGGCUCCAUCCGAGAGCAGCACUUUUUCUAUGGAAGGUGAUGUGUGACCGCCUUCCGACGAGAGCUGUGCUGAGCCGACGUGGUUUGGGGAUCCCUGCGGAGUGUGGGGCCUGCGGUGCGGAUGAGUCAGUUGACCAUGUACUAUUUGGAUGCUUUUGGGCGAGGUUGACAUGGCAGUGGACGGGUAUCCCAGAGGAGGUUUGGCGGGAGAGGAGACAGUUCCUACAGAUGAUACGUCAGUGGCUGGCUAGUCCCCGGACAUGUCAGGAGGCUAUCCGAGCGACUUGCACCGCCCACCAGAUCUGGUUGGCAAGGAACGCUCGCACCUUUGGCGAGCGUAGGAUGUCGCCGAGGUUUGUUGCGGAGUCUGCUCGAGUACUGGCGAUGGAGUCCAGACCUACCAGCCCUUCAGAUACGACCUUGAUAGCUCGGGACACCUGGGGUUCUUUCUCUGCUCAGGCAGUUCUUUGGACGGUGUUCUUCACCUAG